AUGUGCAGUAAUCACCUAACCCCUCAUUGUCUGAGUAGCUAUGGGCACAAUCUAAUUGUUAUUAAAAAUCCUGAGCCUCCAAAGCUUGACGAAAGUUCAAAAAGAAUUAUAGUAAACCACUUGGCGAGUAUUAAUACUGAAAUAUCAGCAAAAAUAGGAGUAUUGAUUGCUAAGACAACAAAACACAUAAAUGAAAUGAAAACUAACAUGGGAUUGCUAAUUGAAGAAAAUAGAAUAUCUACAGAAAAAUAUAGAGAAAUCGUAAAUUUUAUUUGUAGAUCUUCAGUUUUCCCUGAGCAUUAUCAGCAAUUAAAUAUAGAUCUACUUUCUAAUCAAAGUGACUGCAGGGAUUUAAUGCAAAAUACAAACUUUCCAUUUUAUGACUCUGUUUAUCAAGAAAUAAAGAAAUUCGAAAAUUUUAUUGGAAAUACUGAACAAAGAGAACCUUCUUAUAUAGAAAAGAUUCCACAAUUAACAAAUAAAAACAGACUAGAAAAUAAUUUAAUUGAAAAAUCACCUGAUGAUUCAAUACACACUCCAGAUUCAAUGAAAACAGAAUUGGGAAGCGAGCAAUUAAAACAAGAAAAUAAAAAACUGUUAGAAAAAAUUAGACAAUUGGAAGAAAGAAUUAAUAGAAAAAGUUCAGAUAUUAACGAACUGCACAGGGAUCUUGCUGUUGCUCAGAAGGAAAUAGACCAGAAAACUCAUGAAAAGAAUUAUAUAUUGGAUCAAUUUGAAAGCUUCAAGAUGAAAUUCAGAGAUUUUGGGAUUCAUAAAGAAAAAGAAGACAAAAGGCUGAAUGAGGAAAUAGAAAAAUUACAAAAAGAAGUUUACUUAAAGGACAAGGAUAAUCAAUCACUAAAGGAGAAAUUGGGUAAAAUUGAGGAAGAAUUGAAACUAAGAAAUAGCGAUAAAGACAUAUUUAAGAAAAAUGCUGAAGAAAAGCCAAAAGAUGAGUCUGCACAAGAAAAUAGAGAAAAACAUAUUGAUAAAUACAAAAAAUCAGUAGAUACUAAAAGCUGAGAUAAAGAAGUAGUAGAACCUCCAAGAAAAUCCAAUAAAGCAAAUACAACUGAUAGCUGGGAUGAAAGCAAUGAAAAGAUUAAAAAGCUUACAAUACCACAGCUAGCUGGAGAUGCAUGAAAAGAGAUAAAAACUCCUCAAAAGCACUCAAAUCAGACAUUUAACGAAAAAUCUCAAACAACUGAGUCCUGGGAUGGAAAGGAUGAAAAUUCAAAACAGCCAAAAGAUCUAAAAAAAGCUGAAGAUCCAUGAAGUGAAGCAGAUGAUUCUAAAAGGCACUCGCAUUCACGAUCAAAAGAAAAAUCACAUGUUACUGAAAUUAGGGAUAGAAAAAAUGAAAGUUCAAAAAAGCCUAUAGAUCCAAAAGUAGCUGAAGAUGCAUGGAAUGAAGCAGAAGCUUCUAGACACUCGCAUUCACGAUCAAAAGAAAAAUCACAUACAACUCUCAGUUGGGAUAGGAAGUACGAAAGUCCCAAAAAGCCUAUAGACCCAAAAGCAGCUGAAGAUGCAUGGAAUGAAGCAGAAGCUUCUCAAAAGCACUCGCACUCACAUUCAAAAGAAAAAUCACAUACAACUAGCAGUUGGGAUAGAAAAUAUGAAACUCCCAAAAAGCCUAUGGACCCAAAAGCAGCUGAAGAUGCAUGGAAUGAAGCAGAAGCUUCUCAAAAGCACUCUAGCUCUCGCGAAAAUAAAAAAUCACAUACUACAGAGAGUUGAGAUAGUUGAGCUGAAAAUGCACCAAAUGAAUUGAAAGAUUCUAAAAGGGACUCUCAUUCACGAUCAAGAGAAAAAUCACACACAACUGACAGUUGGGGCAGUAAGAAUGAAGAAGCAAAAAAGCCUACAAAUUCUCGAUGAACAAGAGACACCGACGUAGAAAUUCCGAAAAAGCAUUCUGAUUCAAAGUCGAGUAAUAAAUAUGAUCAUUAUGACAGCCCGAGAAAAAUUCCAAAACUAAAUAGCAAUAAUGAAUGAAAAUGCAAAAGUAUUUUCCCAGGUACAAAAACAGCUUAUUUUAGAGAAAAAUCCAAAAUCUUAAGAACAAAAAAUCUCAACGAGUUAAAAGAAACAGAAAUCGUCACAACAUAUGAAGAUCAUGAGCUCUCAGGUUUACCAGAGCUCAUAAGCACUUAUAUUGCUAUGUGCCAAACAUCUAGCGAGGUCAUUUUUUGCUAUGGGAAUCUUUAUAAUGGACAUGCAACUGGGAUUACUUUUAUAAUAGAAAAAGAUUUUUCUUUAAUAAUGAGAGAUUAUGGAAGACCCUGCUUUCAUACAAGUGUCUGCUAUUAUAAAGGCUCAGUCUAUGCUUUUGGAGGAUCUAAUGAUGAUGGAAAAACUAAAGAAGCCUCAAGAUUUUCAUUUAAUAGUAACACUUGAAAGCCUAUAGCUGAUUUGCCAGAGGUUUCUAAUUUUUGCACAACACUAGCUUAUGAAGAUAAAAUCUAUAUAGCUGGGCCAUCUCUUUCUAAAAUUUAUAUUUAUGAUCCACAUCAUGACACAUACGAUAUCGUGAAAGAGUUUCUUGAAAGAGAAAAACCAAAAUUAUUAUUGUCUCUUUAUAAUAAGAUUUAUUUAUUGCAAAGCGAAGGUGAUUUAUUAGUGUAUGAUGGAAAAUGGAAUAGAGCUAGAAAUACAACUGAGCUAUUCUCAAAAAAUCCUUCUUCAUUUAGAACUAUUUAUAGAACGAAUAUUUAUUUCACUUGUGGAGAUGCAAGAUAUUACAAAUUUAACUCGAAUGGCGAACUUGGGCAUGCUUUUGAUUGGAUUUAA